AUGCAAAUCUUUGUAAAAACAUUAACCGGAAAAACAAUCACUCUUGAUGUUGAACCAUCUGACACUAUUGAAAAUGUUAAAGCUAAAAUUCAAGAUAAAGAAGGAAUUCCUCCUGAUCAACAAAGAUUAAUUUUUGCUGGAAAACAGUUAGAAGAUGGCAGAACAUUAUCUGACUAUAAUAUUCAAAAAGAGUCAACCUUACAUUUGGUUUUAAGACUUAGAGGAGGAGCCAUCGAACCAUCAUUAGCUCAAUUAGCACAAAAAUAUAAUUGCCAAAAAUUAAUUUGCAGAAAAUGCUAUGCUCGUUUACAUCCAAGAGCUACAAAUUGCCGAAAUAAAAAAUGUGGAAGAACAAAUCAAUUAAGACCAAAAAAGAAACUCAAAUGA